AUGCCAGACGAUUCACAGCGAGAAUUUGAUUCCAUGGGUUGUUCCCUGGUUCUUCUGUCCUUCAGCGUCAACUUGUUGUAUGGAUGUGUAUUAAAGAGUCUCGGUGUGCUGCUACCGACGCUAACGGACCAGUUUACGACGGACACAUGGAUCAUUGGCAUUGUGACAUCAUUGAUUUCCUUUGCCUCAGAUAUCACAGGUCUAUUCACCGCACCUCUAGAAAACCUAUUUGGUAGCCGCAGGGUGGUCGUCGUCAGCACUUUGAUGAUGUGCCUGGGUUUACUCGUAGUUCCCUUUGCAACAAACAUCUUGCAGAUAGCCGCCUUAUUGGUACUUCUUGUAGGAACGAGUAUUGGAAUCCUCAAUGUUCUCAGUAAAGCUUUACUUGCGAAGCACUUCCGUCGACAUUUAACCGUCGCCUGCGGCAUGGGCAAUAUAGGGCAGGCGGUGGCUCUUCUUGUUUUUGCCCCCAUGAUGCAGCUUUUCCUGGAUACAUACGGCUGGAGAGGGGCAACACUUUUGAUGGCUGGGGUCUGCUUUCAUGCCGUACCAUUCGCUGUCCUCGUCAGAGAUGCUGAUCAUAAACCCAACUAUCAGCCCCUGACGGGUCGAAAUGAGCAUCACGAAGCAGAUUCACCUGGCAAGAAGUGUCCUCUUUCUGCCGGAGCAAGUUGUCUUCGUCUCUGCAAGGCUACGAACCUCGGAAUCCUCCUUGAGUUCAAUUUCGUGAUAAUGUACAUGUGCCGAUUCGGACUCAACAUUGCUUACAACUCCUGGAUGGUCUACUUCGUCCCCCAUCUUGUAGCCAAGGGGUGCUCGCCCCAAGUGGCCGCCGCGCUUUGCUCGCCGGCAGCGGUAGGGUACUUCAUCGGGACAGUCAUCUGGGCUCCUUUCAUCGACCGUGGUCUGGUGAAGUGUACAUCAGGGAUAAUCGUGAGCAGCUUGGCUUUGUCCGUCUCCUAUGUGGUAGAUCCCUGGGUGAAUGACGUCAUUGGCAUGGCGGCUAUUACCUUUUUGCUGGGUCUAUCCUUAUCGGCGUUGUAUACCCUGACGGAUGUCCUGACCAAGGAACUGUUUGAGAUGGAACGACUCACGAGCGCGUUUGGAUGGAUUCGAGCCUUUGGAUUCCUGCCCAGGAUUCUGGCAGGAUUUUUCCCUGGUUGGAUUUAUGACACGAGAGGUAGCUACGACGUGGCAUUCGUCGUCUUCGGCUUUUCGCCUGUUGUCUCUCUACUCCCGAUGGGGUGA